AUGCUUAAUCUUUUAUCAAAUACGUUAUUUUCAAUGGAUUUAGCUAGCUAUAGUUCUUCGACGUCUCAAGAGUUGAACGACGUCGUAGUAGCUAUCUUGAAUGAUGCUGGAAGGCCUAAUCUUGCAGACUAUUUUCCCAUCUUUAAGUUUUUGGAUCCGCAUGGUGUCCGCCGAAGGAUGAAGGCUAAUUUUGAUAGAUUACUAGAAAUCUUUGAUGGAAUUAUCGACAAGCGGAUGCAACAAAGUUAUUCGUCUUCUAAUACUAGCGGCGAUGUACUGGAUUCACUUCUUAUUCUCGCCGGAGAGAGGGAUUCUGGUUUGACCAUUUUUGAUAUAAAGCAUAUGCUUAUGGACUAUUUUAUUGCGGGAACUGAUACGAGCACGAGAACCCUAGAGUGGUCAAUGGCGGAGUUGCUCCAUAAUCCAGAAAAACUUGCAAAACUAAAAAAUGAGCUUAAAGAAGCAGAAGGCACACUUCAAGAAUCCGACUUUUCAAAAUUUCCUUAUCUACAAGCAACAAUUAAAGAAACCCUUCGACUGCAUCCACCAGCCCCGUUCUUGAUCCCACGUAAAGCUGAAUCUGAAGCUGAGAUUUGUGGCUUCAAGAUACCAAAGAAUGCCCAGAUACUAGUAAAUGUGUGGGCUAUGGGAAGAGAUGAAAACAUAUGGAAAAACGCAAAUAAAUUUGAGCCUGAAAGGUUUUUGGAUAGCAAAAUUGAUGUGAAAGGGAAAGAUUUCGAGUUGAUUCCAUUUGGAGGUGGGAGAAGGAUAUGCCCUGGAUUGUCUUUGGCAUAUAGAAUGUUGCACUUAAUGUUGGCUUCUCUUAUUCACUCGUUUGAUUGGAAACUAGCAGAUGGUGUUACACCAAAAGAUAUGAAUAUGAGCGAAGGUUUUGGCCUCACUUUACACAAGACUGAGCCUCUUCGAGCUGUACCUUAUCACUAGCUUGUGUUGGCUUUUGUUUUAGUUAUAUUAUGUUACUACUUCAUUUUAUAAAUUCAGUUAUGCAUUGUUAUGUUCGACUUCUAAACAAUAUGUUUGUUAAGAACAUGUUCAAAACAAAUUAUAUUCAAUAACAAGAACAUGUUACAUCA